AAUCGAAAUAGCGAUAACAACAGCGAAAACACUGUGGAAAGAGCCAGAAUUGAUGUUAUUAUCGUCGCACUAAUAGUGAACCAGUCAGAAAAAAAAGGCAUCAAACAAGAUGGAGAAAAUGGAGGAAUCGACAGAAGCCACAGUCCCUGAGGAAAUGGAAUUGUUGGAUUUCCCAGACGAGGUCUUAUUGAAUAUCACGAUCCAUUUGAACGACACCACUUUGCUGAAUAUGACGCGUGUUUGCAAGCGUUUCAAAGCCAUUGCCAAACGAGCGUUCACAACGAAGUACAAUGGCACAAACGAAAGCAAGUAUUUCGCAGUCAGAGUAUUUCAGGAAAAUUUGAUCGUCGAGCGCAAACAAUACCAGCCGUUCUUUAGUACAUUUGGCGAGCAUAUGAUUGCAAUUGAGAUUCGGUUUUCUGAGGGUAAUGCAGCUCGUGACCAUUGGAUUUUUGCAAUGAUUCGACGUUUCUGUACCAACUUGUCAAAGAUGGCAAUCGACGAAGGUGAUGGAUUGGAUUUGUUGAAGAUGUUUCAAUCGUUUCCAAAGCCAUCACUUACACAUCUCCGACUGACAAAUAUAGUCCCUGCCAAUACAAAUUGGUCAGAAUAUCGACACCCAAAUUUGAUCCACCUCUGUGUAGAUGAUCUGUACGAAUUUGAGCAACAGGAUAUCGUUGAUUUCAUCAACACAAAUACUCAAUUGGAAAAAAUACAUCUCACAUACGUAGAGGACGAUGACUACGUCCCAUUUCUAGAAGCAAUCGAAAACAACUGCAAAGAAAUACGCAAAUUGAAAAUCAAGACACGGAAUAAAAGAUUGUUGUUGAGCAGCGAAAUAGUCGGCAUUUUAUGCAAAUUGUCUACACUCAAUUGGCUGGAAAUCAAUGCAUAUGGUUUGAAACUAAGCCAACUUGAUUCACUGGUGCGACAAUUGCCAAACCUAUCAACACUCCGUCUAAAUCAUACUGCUGCCACUUCGGAAAUCUACGAAGAUAUCACACGCGCAAUUUCAAUUUGCCAACGCAUUCCCAAACUCACAAUUCAAACGAUUGAUCCCGAUUUUUCAGAGUUGAGCAACGAUUUACUUGCCCACAUCGCUGACAAAAUAAUGCUCGAAAACAAAAUGGUUGUGCUCAAAGGGCAUAAAGAUGUGAAAGUUAUUGUGAAAGGAGAGGUACAGCGUAACAAGAUCAUCGUCUACAAGCAUGAUGCUACCGACGGCAACCAGUUAGAAACAAAUUUCUUGGAUUUAAAUCUUGUUUGGCCAAAAUCAUCGAGUUCCUCAAGCCAAAACACCACUGCGCAUUGUACGACACUUGCCAACGAACCCGAAAAGCAAUCAGAGACUACUAUUCCGAAGCAUUUUUUUAUGCCCGUUUUACUUCAAAAGAACUCAACGAAAGCUAUUUAUGGUGCUUAGGAAAGGAGGUCCAAUCAAUGGCACUCGGUCAACAAUGCCUUCCAACACGCAACGACUAUGACGAGCUAUGGAGACGUAUAAAUCAAUAUUGUAUUAAUUUAAUUAGGUUGACCAUUUAUGUUUUGGAUGAAUUUUGUAUGAUUCCACCGGAUUGUGUAUGGCCAAAGUUGAAAGAGUUGAUAUUUUCCGCGGGUAAUAACUGUUUCGACAGAACACCGUCAGUAAGGUAUGAAACUUUGCGCUCGUUUUCCUGUCCAUCGUUGACUCAUCUGGAAGUCAUAUGUCUACAAAUCGUUGGCGAUAUUUUGGACCAUGGUGAUCACUUUCGUCAUCUGACCGUGUUGAAAUUUGGUUGCUACAACGAAAGUGUCAAGAAAUUCCUGUUGGCCUUAGAUGACAAUGUAUGCGAACAAAUGCAAGAGCUAUCGAUUGGGUCACAGCUCAUUAUGAGCAAAUCAGACGCAGAUGAUGAAUCGAUUCGAAACAUUGCUGAGCUCGUUAGUGUUGUUCCACGUUUUCGGAAGCUGACUACGUUGCAGUUAAUUGUUGCUGGUGUCGAUCGAUGCAAUACGAAGUAUUUAUUUGAAAAUUGUACAAAAUUGGUGCACUUUGGCGUUUGGUGCCAAGUUCCUCAGCUUCUAUCUGAUGAUCUAUUCAAGCACAUCUUAGACUAAGCAUGCCAGAAAAUUUGGACAAAAACCCGGGCGAAACCCGGAUUUUUUCACGUUUUUCUCUUUUAACUCGAAAACGGCUAGGAAAAUGGUUGUUUUUUUCACCCUCCAGAUCCAUAAAAUUUUCCGCCCGAUCGAAUGAGACAUGCCUCAAUUUUCCGCGAUUUUCCGUUUUCCCUCUAUGGCGAUUUGGAAAAUGUUCCUCAUUUUCAAAUUUUUUUCCAGGAUUUCAAAUUUUCCGGAAAAUUUUCACGAAUUCGUUUUUAGUUAAUGAUCAUACAUCCAUAAAAUGAAAAUGGUUGGAAAAUCUUGAAAAACUCGGAAAAUAUUCAAUAUUUUCGUAAAAUAAAAUAAUGUACUGAAAAUGACCAUUUUCCUUUUCAUGAAUCCAUAUCCUGGCUCCAGGACCUUUUUUGGAAAAUCUGAUCGGGCAGAAAACUUCCUUGUAACUUCCUCUCUCCAUAUGAACUCCACAACAAUAAAGUUUCGGGAGAAAAAAUAGUUAGAAUUCAUUUAAUACAAACCCGGAUAAAUUCGGGCGAUCUGGCAUGCUUAUCUUAGACAAUUGUUUGCACAUUGGUACGAUUCGAUUGUUUGGACAUGGAAUCUACCGAAGUCUUCUGCAAAAAUUCCACAAAAUGUUUCCAAACGUUUCAGUCGAAGUGGCUGUUCAAGAUAAUGUAGCAUUCAAAGUUACUGAUGAACAUCCUUCUUAUAAAGACUUGGGUAUGAACAUGCCAGAACUAUAUUAUUAGAAGAAACAAGUAUUUUUAAGAGAAAACACGCCGUGAUGGUCAGAAACAUUAUUCUGAACACCUUUUACACACAAAUGAUACUUGUCGUAAGCCUACUAUUUACAAAUAUUGAAACUUUGGAAACAUUGAAGAAUAAAAAUACAGAAUAAUAUACGAAUAAGAGUUCUUUAUUAAUUGCUGAGCAGUUGAAAUAUUCCAUAUAACCAUUUUUUCCUUUGCAAAAUGUAUAAAAUUUGCUAAUAAAACGAGUGAGAUAGUCGAUUUUCUAUCAGAUCGAAAUUUCGUAACAAUAAAA